AUGGCCGACGACGCAGACGCUGGACAGUCGUCCAUCACCGUGGCCGUCCGAGUGCGGCCCUUUACCAUCCGAGAGGCAGCUCAACUGCAGCGGAAUGACGAUGGCACCAUAUUCCUGGGCGACGGCUCUUUUGCCUCGGCACCGACCCCAAAGCUUCACCAGCGAGGCAUCAGAAACGUGAUCAAGGUCAUCGACGACCGUUGCCUAAUAUUCGAUCCACCAGAAGACAGCCCCGUCCAGAAAUUCUCCCGAACCGUCAUCCCGACCUCGAAAAAAGUGAAGGAUCAAGUGUUUGCCUUUGAUCGAGUCUUUGAUGACAUGACAACGCAGGCCGAGGUCUACGAGGGAACCACAAGAGCCUUGCUCGACAGCGUGCUGGAUGGAUACAAUGCAACCGUCUUUGCCUACGGUGCCACGGGCUGCGGCAAGACGCAUACAAUCACCGGCACGGCGCAGCAUCCUGGCAUAAUCUUCUUGACAAUGCAGGAAUUGUUUGAGAAGAUUGACGAACGCAGCCAGGAGAAGCAGACCGAGCUGACUCUGAGCUACCUGGAGAUUUACAACGAGACGAUUCGCGACCUGCUCGUGCCGGGCGGAAGCAAGGUUGGCUUGGCUCUUCGCGAGGACAGCAACCAGGCGGUCGUCGUGCCCGGAUUGACCAGCCACCGCCCUCGAGAUGUCCAGGAGGUCAUGGACAUGAUUAUCCAAGGAAACGAGUACCGAACUGUAUCGCCAACCGCAGCAAACGCAACGUCCUCGCGAUCGCACGCCGUGCUGCAGAUCAACAUUGCGCAAAAGGACAGGAAUGCUGAUGUCAACGAGCCUCACACAAUGGCGACUCUGAGCAUCAUCGAUUUGGCCGGCUCUGAACGUGCCUCCGUCACCAAAAACCGCGGUGAGCGCCUGACGGAGGGCGCCAAUAUCAACAAGUCGCUUCUUGCCCUUGGAGGCUGCAUCAACGCGCUCUGUGACAAGCAAGGAAAGGCGCACGUCCCAUACCGCAACAGCAAGCUCACCCGGCUGCUCAAAUUCUCCUUGGGUGGUAACUGCAAGACUGUCAUGAUUGUCUGUGUCUCGCCAUCAAGCGCCCACUACGAUGAAACCCAAAAUACCCUGCGGUAUGCGAACCGGGCCAAGAAUAUCCAGACAAAGGUCACUCGCAAUGUUUUCAAUGUCAACCGCCACGUCAAGGACUUUUUGAUCAAAAUUGACGAGCAAAUGGCCCUGAUUAAUGAGCUGAGAGCACAGCAGAGGGAUUCUGAGCGAGUGUAUUACGCCAAAUUCCGAAAACAGUACGAAAAAAGAGAUGCCAUUACAAAAGAGGCCACUCUGAGGCUUCGAGCUGCAUAUGACAAUGCAGGUGCAGAGCGUCAGGAGCGCAUCAUCACCAUGAGGAAAAUGAAACACUUUGAGAGGCGCAUUAGCCUGCUGUCUGCGUGGAUUGCGGCCUUUGACAAUGUUGCUAAUCAGAAAGAGGGCGAAGAGGCGAUGCCGCAAGGACUUCAAGCUAUACGAAGGACUGCCGAGGGAGUUUUACUCGAGCUGGAAAACAGCAGAUAUCAUAGCCAUCAAAGGCUGGAAAAGUUGACAUGGGAACGCCACCUCGACACAGCCUUGGCUCAUGGCGUCGGACAGCUGGAGCAGGCUGAAGGCGCCGACACGGGCGAAAUCGAUGCCUUGACGCACGAAGCUGAACUUCUAAAAGCCAACUUUAGUCGCGAAGCCUACCAGGAGGUUUUGGAACAAGAAAAGGUGGGAGAUGCCGCGAUGAUGCAAGUUCUUCUCACAGCCCAGUUCGAAAUGAUGUCCUCCCUUUCUUCCGUCCUGUCAAUGGAUGAAGAGAGUGCUGUGGAACAUGCCAAAGACGCCAUUUCUCGCCUACUCCAAGAUGGACUCACGGCUGCAUCCCAGGUGGUCAAGCCCGACGGCACCUUGCCUGUUGUACCCGAUGCCCUUCCACCGAGAAGAACGCUGAGGAAGAGGAAGUCUUUGUCUGCCUACAGGCCUGUUGCACCCCCGGCUAUUGUGGCCGUACAAAACGAACACGUGUUUGCGACUCCCAUGAAGUCAACGCCGAGGCGGCGUAAGGCCCUCGGCAUGCCGAAGAAGGGGGUUAGCUUCACGCCCGUCAAACGAGCUACCAAGAGUCGAGGGGUCAGGUGGAGGGAUGAUGAGACGGAAGAUGGAACGCUGGAAGACUUUGAGAAGACGCCGCAGAAGCUAUUCAGCUCCUCCCCCCCCCCUCCCGCGCAGCCGUCGCCGCCAGUUGUUAAGAGCAAGAUUCCCUCCCCGCCGUCACAGUCCAACAGCAUGACUAAGGAUGAUGCUUCGAAUAACGACACGAUGAGCCCCGACUCCGAUACGCCGAGUCUAUCGAUUGCUAAACCCGGUAGAUUUCAAGCUGGAUUCCUUUCCAGAGGCAAGCGACUGUCGGCUGAGGGUAGCGCGCUGCCCGUAUCAUCAUCUCCUCCGGCUUUAAGCAUGCAUUUGCGCUCUUCGAGCUCUCCCGCAAGCUCUCCCGACGUAGAAAGAACAUCCCCUCUGAGAUCUCUCGAAAUCCCCAAGCCGGAGAACGGGUCGCCGCUAUCCUAUAGUAAGGUGCCACGGCUCAGUCCUCAAUACCACGCCUUGCAGACGGUCAUGGACGAGAAUAACCCCCCGAACGCUUCUGGCUCCGACUCGGAAUCGGGCACGAUUGACAUGCGCAAACUUCGCAGCGCCAUUGCUUCAAAGAAGCCUCGGAGGAUCGCCCUCAUGGCCCCAACUUCGGCCCCUGCUGCCAGGCGGGUAUCGAUUGGCUCUGCUUCCGGCGACAAACCAGCGCCGCGACCUGUCAUACCAGUCUUGGCCAGUGCUACAAACGGCAUCUCGCGCCAUCGAAGGGGGAGUCUGGAGCUCCGAAAGAGCCCGCCGCUGAUGUACGCACCAUCGGAGGUCAUAUCAGAGAACCUCACUGCGGGCCAAGCAAGACGGAUGAACAUGGGGGGCAACAUGCGACUUGAAAACCUGGGCGCGGCCCAGCGUGAUAAGCCCGGCCUGGAAGCGCCUCGCCGCGUCACUUAUAGUGUUGGAGCGAACGCUGGUGCUGGCGCUGGCGCUGGAGGUGUAUCUUCGCACCGAAGGCUCGAUAGCCGAGGAGGUAUGCCGGUUAGGUAAAGGCCUUGCACUCACAUCGGCUAUCCGCCUUGUUUUUUGUUUUACUUAAUCAUUGCAUCUGCCAUUAUACUGCUCCGACUUGUUCAUUGAUUCCGUCGGAGUGGACUUGUUACUUGCCGUCUUUUCACAUCAUAGAGCAAUAGAUGGGCGCUAGGGUUUGUGCUUCCGAGUGCCAGCUGAGAUUUCAGGGUAUAGGCGUCUCGGAUACAAUACGACCAUGGAUCGGCGUAUAGGCUUGAUUAUUAUGUAUGAUUGCUGUAUGCAUAUUUUAGAAGCAGGAAUGACUUGAAAAUCUGAUUUUGGUUUGUUUCUCG